GCAGACUCCCCCUAUCGUCACUGCUGCACGGCCCGGCUGUGUGAGUGUGCAGUCGAGGGGGAGGCUUCACCCACACACCGUCUUUGACAGCCGGCUGGAAGAGCCUCUGCUCCGGGGAGACGUUUUCAUUCGGCGACACUCGUGUUUGCUGCUCCCCGCCUUUGCAGCGGUACAAAUCUGGCCGCACAAGUGUUCGGGCUGCUUCGCUGAAUCCAGAUCCAAGGGAAAAGAAAGACUGGACUGGAAGACUUCUUCAGCCACGGCCACUGUGCUAAUCUAAGCCAUGCAGUCCCCUGUUCUUCUUGUCCUCUCGCCCAUCCUUUUGUAUUCCUUCCUCAUCCCCACCUGCUCAUCUCAGAGCGAGGCUGAUCUCACUGUGCAUACAUUGUCCGGCAGUGUCCGUGGGACCCGCCUGCCUUUGCUAGACAAGAGCUAUGUCACUGCAUUUUUGGGUAUUCCCUUCGCGGAACCACCAUUAGGCAAGAGGCGUUUCCGUCCAGCAGAGCCCAAGCGAUCCUGGUCAGGUGUGUACGAGGCGACCAGCUAUCCCAACGCGUGCUUCCAGUAUGUGGAUACAACAUUCCCUGGCUUUCAGGGCAGCGAGAUGUGGAACCCUAACAGAGAGAUGAGUGAAGAUUGCUUGUACCUCAACAUCUGGGUGCCUUCCUCAUCCAGGCCGCACAACCUCACUGUCAUGGUGUGGAUCUAUGGGGGAGGGUUCUACAGUGGUUCUUCGUCAUUGGAUGUCUAUGAUGGUCGUUACCUUGCUUACACUGAGACAGUCAUUGUGGUGUCAAUGAACUAUCGGGUGGGUGCCUUCGGGUUUCUGGCCCUGCAUGGCUCCUCUGAAGCGCCUGGCAAUGUCGGCCUGCUUGACCAGAGGAUGGCCCUGCAAUGGGUCCAGGAUAAUAUACACUUCUUUGGUGGAAAUCCCAAACAGGUCACAAUCUUCGGUGAAAGUGCCGGUGGUGCGUCAGUUGGGUACCACCUUUUAAUGCCAGGGAGUCGGACACUUUUUACCAGGGCCAUCCUCCAGAGUGGAGUCCCCAACAGCCCCUGGGCCUCAGUCAGUCCUGCAGAAGCCCGUAAAAGAGCUACACUGUUGGGAAAGUUGGUUGGCUGCAAUGGUGGAAACGAUACGGAGCUCGUAGACUGUCUUCGUGUUAAGACUCCACAGGAGCUCAUCGAUCAGGAGUGGCAGGUUCUCCCAUGGUCUUCAAUUUUUCGCUUCUCCUUUGUUCCUGUCGUGGAUGGUGAGGUUCUUCCUGACUCCCCUGAGGCCAUGCUCAAUUCAGGCAACUUUAAAGAUACCCAGAUUCUCCUUGGUGUGAACCAAGAUGAAGGCACUUACUUCCUGCUUUAUGGAGCACCUGGCUUCAGCAGGGACAACGACAGCCUGAUCUCCAGAGAGGACUUCCUGGAAGGUAUUAAACUGGCUGUGCCACAUGCCAACGACAUUGGUAUGGAGGCUGUUGUGCUGCAGUACACAGACUGGAUGGAUGAGAACAACGGGGCCAAGAACCGCGACGCUUUGGACGACAUUGUUGGAGACCACAACGUCAACUGCCCUCUGUCCCACUUUGCCCGCUCUUAUGCUCUACACUUCGCCCUCAAGGCCAAUAUGGGAAGCAGCCAUGGGCUGAUGAACAUGGGCGGGAACACAGCAGGUGGCGUCUACCUCUACCUGUUCGAUCACCGGGCGUCUAACUUGCUCUGGCCGGAGUGGAUGGGAGUGAUCCAUGGCUAUGAGAUUGAGUUUGUAUUUGGCCUGCCACUCGAGAAGAAGCUUAACUACACCCUGGAUGAAGAGAAACUGAGCCGACGCAUGAUGAGAUACUGGGCCAAUUUUGCAAGAACUGGUAAUCCUAACGGGAACCACGAGUCCCUGUCAGAUAGCAGGAGGCGCUGGCCAGCCUUCACCAUCAGUGAGCAGAAGCAUGUCGGACUCAAUAUUGAUCCCUUGAAGGUCCAUCGAGGUCUCAGGAUUCAGAUGUGUGCUUUCUGGAACCGCUUCCUCCCGCGUCUGCUCAACAUUACUGACAACAUCGAUGAAGCAGAGCGCCAGUGGAAGGUGGAGUUCCACCGCUGGUCCUCCUACAUGAUGCACUGGAAGAGCCAGUUCGAUCACUACAGCAAGCAGGAGCGCUGUUCUGACCUCUGAGGGCCCGGAUGCCAGCGAGUGACAGGGGAGGAAGGGGGAGGCAGUGAGAGAGCAGACAUUUCCUCCACAGCCUUUCAUCCUGUUUUUAUUUAAGCCAUGACUCCACCGAUUUCUCUUAUUUAUACUAUUUAUAUUAUUUAUAACUGUGUUUGGUUCCUCUGUGCACCCUCAGGGCUGUGGAGGAAAUCUGUCAUCUACGAGGAGGAAUACGGAAAAAGAUUGGUCAUUACCUCGAGUGUGUGUGCAUGUGCGUGUGUGUGUCUGUGUGCGUGUGCUACCUCACCACUCCCAUACUACAGGUUUUAUUUAUUCCGAUUUCCUUCGACAUAUCAGGGUAUUUUUUUUCAGCACUGUAUCGUGUUUCUGUCUGGACAACUAUUCCUGCUAUCAAUCACACAGUACCUCAAAUUGUUUUUUUUUAUGUGUCACUACCUGGUUAAGCAGUAUAUCUGUGUGACAUGUGUAGUAUAUGUCAGUAUAUCUGUGUAGGGAUUUGCCAAGAAUAAAGGCACUGGUUGUUGGUUUUGGAAUAUUAUCGAGCUUGUUCUGCAUUUCCAGGGUUCUGUUCAAAUUUUAGAGGGAAUUCUCUUCGUUGAUAACAAGUUAAAGGAAUGUAUGAAUAUUGGGUCAUUUUAUGAGUUUCAAAACAGAGCGACGGUUCCCAGUCUUUGAAUAGUAGGCCACAUUUGAUGCUCUCCUGCAGCCACUCUCUUGUGGAUGACUAGUUCCUGUUUUGAUGUGUUUUUGUGUUAACUGUUUUUAUUUCUACAUCUGUUCUGUUUGACAGUUUUUUUCCUGCUUUGAUCUAUUCUUUGGUGCCUUUUUUAAUGUCUUCAUGACCUCACACUAAUGCUGAUGCCCAAAGUUCUUCACCAAGAAUAAGUAGUUGUGAUCUCGGUCGCUAAUCAAGUGUCUACUUCUGAAAAUCAAAGGAAAAAUUUUCAUCCAAACUCCAGCUAGUUCUAUCAGGUUCAGCGUUCCUUUUUCUCAUUUCUCAUUUAACUCGACCCAUCGGUCUGACUGGGAAAGUCAAGCCCUCUGGACUCUUCUACCUGUUACUACACAUCCAGAAAAUAAGCUUGAUGCCGGUUCUCCUGGUCUCCUUUAUACUUGUUUUUGUUUUUACAUGCUUGUGCGCACACAUGCUGGCACACAUUCAGUCCAUUGUUUUAAGCGCCGUUGCUUGUGUUCCUCCUCUCAAUUAUUUAUCCACUCCUUUUCUCUGUCCUUGUUUGUCAGUCCUCUGUCCUUCACCUCUCGCAUCUUUUCCACUCCCUCCAUCCCACACCCUGUAGUCCUUCCAGUCCUUGGCUCUUGUUUACGCCUCCUCGUCUUCCUCCUCUGUAAUCUUCCUCCCCUCUCCGGUUGUCAACUUCAUCUGCAAUCAGCAUCGACAUACCCUCCUGUCCUCCGUACUCCAUUGUGCCCCACCCCCGUCUUUCUCCAUGCUGACCUGACAGACCUAUAUCUUUCCUACUUCUAAGUUUUCUUCCCUUGCUCAUUGACCAACUUUCUCACCCCCCACAGCCCUUUGCCGUGGCUGCCCCUGCCGCCUCUCCAUCUCUGUCCUCUCCCUCCCAUCGCUCUUCGUCCUCCUGCAUUCUCGUUAGUCUAAUGGAGGCAGAGUAAUUCACUCAGCAGCAGGGUAAUGUGACAGAGCGCUGGCUCAGCCUCUGGCCUGCCAGCCAACAGGGUGGAUGGAUGGAUGGAUGGAUGGAUGCUCAGGCAGAGGGAGGUUUGACGGAGUGGGAUAAAUGGAGAGAAGUAACCCUUGCAUUGCACUCCUGCAUGAUUGUAUGUAGAGAAAUUCAGUUUACAAGAUUCGCUCUGAUAUCCACUGGUGAAUGGUGAAACAAGAAUUGUGGAGCCUUUUUUUGAAACUGAAGUUCAACGUUAGUAUUUUUAUGCAUCUAUUUGUGACUGUAGCUGUCACAGUCCUCACAAAAUAACUGGUUACACUUUUCUUGGAGGGUAGUUUCCCGUGUGCACAGCUGAAAACACACCAGAUCAAUACUGACUGUCAAAGCAGCAGCAACGGUGUCAGCAUAGAUUUUAUCUUUUCACUGUGAGUUCUAACAAGGCGGUAAUUCUUCUCUUUGAACAAUAGGUGGUGGUCACGUGCCACAAACUCUUGGGAAACGUUUGCGGUAGGCCACCCGUAGAUUCAGGCUUUGGCUUGAGCUGGAUCUGUUUUGCCAUUGCAUGUGUGCCCUUACACAGUCAGAAACUGUCCGAGCGAAUGACAUGUGACUUCCAUCCCGAUCUAGUAAUCGUUCUCACAAGUGUCAGGAGACUAGGUCCUGUGUUGACCCUGUGAACUGAUCCCCUCUCUCUCAGCGUAGACAGUCCGAGCACUUCGAACUUGAGGUUUUUAGAUUGAGCAGUGCUUCUACCUGGUGAUGACAACUGAGUCCACCAAGGGUCGUGACCCCCAGCACUCGUGAGAUUGAGAAGGGGCAGGAACCUCAGUAGGAGGGUCCCUGUGUCUCUACCUUUUGUUCACAUGAUCCCUGAGCUCGACAAGCAGCUUCUAUCAUCAUGUGGCGUCCGUGCACUGUAUUGCAUCGUCAUCCUGGCUUCUCUCUUUCUGGCUGCUGUAGAUGAAGAAACCAUUGCCUCUCAUUCGCUCUGAAACUCAAAGCAGUGAUGAUGACCUCAUUAUCUUUGUACCUCCGACAUAACAGUGUGCGAUAUAACCAACAAAAAUAGAGUCGACUGACAAUUUGACAGCGGUGGUCUGGAGUGAGUCCUGGCAGUCUUUUGAAAGUUGAAUGCUAAUGCUCAGUUUACCUCACAGGGGCAGAGCCAGAAGGCUUUUUCUUCUAGGUCACCUCUGGCGUCCAUUAGAGACUCAUUGUAGCUGCUUCUCUCAUGACAUGAAGCCUGAUAAAUUGGAACCCCAACCAUCAAAGAUUCCUUCUCCCAGAGGUUUGCCAGGUGACUGGAAUGAGACCAACUGUGACUAGGGUUACCUUUCCGUACUGGCUGGGGAAUGUCACUGGGAUCUGGCUCAUUUGUUUUCAGAGAAAGUCAGUGUUAGCUUCGUGGUUUCCUUUGCAACCCAGCAUCAAAGUACAUGAUGAGUGAAUGGAUGGAUGGAUGGAUGAAGUGAGUGUGUGACUGACAACCUCUUCUUCAGCAGUAAACCUGAUGAAGCUCCUCCCUCUCCCUCCCCAUUGUCCAAUCGAAUCCUUGUGCAUGACCCAAAGUCCCGCCCCAGUAUCUCAAACUCAGACUGUUACUUUCUGUAAAAUUUGUACUUUUGAACAAAACUAUUAUCAAAGUCAGUAAUAUAUCUUUAAUGUUAGGUAUGUGUGAUGUUAGCAAUAACGUAAAUACAUCCGUAAAGGAAUAUAUUUGAUAUUUAAAUGCAGUGAGAAAAAAAAAUGCUAUGUGAUAACUCAACGAGAAUGGAUAGAGGUUGUGUUUUAAAAAGCAAUAUUCUAUAUAUAACCUAAAAAUGAGUGCCAUAAAACUGUUUUCCUUGUUCUCUAAUCUUUUAUGUCCAGUCGUCCGACUCAUGGUUUUCUGACCACUUGUACUGUGCGUGUUGAAGGCUUCUGUCGCUUACCAGUAUGUCUCUCUGUAUCAUGAAUGCUGACUUGGUUAAAGCUAAAGCAACAGAAAUAAAGACACCCUGCUGCUU